CAUUAUCUCUUACCAGCUGAAGUUGCUAGAGAGCAACGUGGGAAGAGACUCAUCCUUGAGACUGUUCGGGAAUUCUUCCCUGAAACUUGGAUUUGGGAUAUAGUCUUAAUUAACUCUACUGGAAAAGCCAGCAUCUCAUACACCAUCCCUGACACCAUCACCGAAUGGAAGGCCAGUGCCUUCUGUGUGGAAGAGUUGGUUGGAUUUGGUAUGUCUGUGCCUGCCACCCUGACAGCCUUUCAGCCUUUCUUUGUAGACUUGACCUUGCCAUACUCUAUCAUCCAAGGAGAAGAUUUCCUGCUUAGAGCCAAUGUCUUCAACUACCUUGACCACUGCAUUAAGAUUAAUGUUUCGCUGUCAGAUUCCCUUGAUUAUCAGGCCAAACUCAUCUCCCCAGAGGAUGAUGGAUGUGUAUGUGCCAAACAAAGAAAGACCUAUGUCUGGAAUAUUUUCCCCAAAGAAAUUGGUAAUGUAGUAUUCAGCAUUACUGCAGAGACCAAGGAUGAUGGAGCUUGUGGAGACAAAGCACCUAGGAACAUCAGUAUUGACUACAGGGACACCCAGAUCAGAACACUGUUGGUUGAGCCUGAAGGCAUCAGAAGGGAAAAGACCCAAAACUCCCUAAUCUGUACAAAAGAUGAUGUGGUUAUUCAAGACGUUGCUCUAGAUCUACCUACAAAUGUGGUUGAAGGAUCAGCCCAAGCUUCCUUUUCUGUUGUUGGAGACAUCAUGGGCACUGCCAUGCAGAAUGUGCACCAGCUCCUCCAGAUGCCGUUCGGCUGUGGGGAGCAGAACAUGGUCCUGUUUGCACCCAACAUCUACGUCCUGAACUAUCUGAACAAGACAGGGCAGCUGAGUGAGGAGGUCAAAUCCAAGGCUAUCGGAUACUUAGUGAGCGGCUACCAGAAGCAGCUGUCAUACAAACAUCCCGAUGGGUCGUACAGCAUCUUUGGCACCAGAGAUAAAGAAGGCAACACCUGGCUCACUGCUUUUGUGUACAAAUCAUUUGCACAAGCUAGUCACUUCAUCUACAUUGAUGAUAAUGUCCAGGCUCAAACCCUGAUGUGGCUGGCAAGCAGACAGAAGCCAGAUGGCUGCUUCCGAAGUGUUGGGACACUCUUCAACAAUGCCUUGAAGGGAGGAGUAGAUGACGAGCUGUCGCUUUCUGCCUACAUCACCAUUGCCAUGCUAGAAGCUGGGCACUCUAGCUCGUACUCUGUAGUCCGAAACGCCUUUUUUUGUCUGGAGACUGCAUCUGAGAAGAAUAUCACUGAUGUUUACACUCAGGCACUCAUGGCCUACGCUUUCUGCUUAGCUGGCAAGGCAGAAAAAUGUGAAUCAUUCCUUAGAGUGUUACAGAAAUCAGCAAAGGAAGUUGAUGGCUCACAGCACUGGGAGCAUAAGGAGAGGUCUCCAUCAGAAAAAUCUCCCUCCUUCCUUGACCAUGCCCCAUCAGCUGAAGUUGAGAUCACCAGUUACGUGCUGAUGGCAUUGCUCUACAAACCCAACCGGAAUCAAGGGGAUCUCACAAAGGCCUCAGGGAUUGUGCAGUGGAUCAUCAGGCAGCAGAAUCCUUAUGGAGGUUUCUCUUCCACCCAGGACACAGUCAUUGCUCUUCAAGCCCUCGCUGCUUAUGGUGAGGCCACCUACAAUUCUGUUACACAAAAUGUAGUCAAGAUCACUUCCAAAAAGCCUUUUGAGAAGGUAUUUAUUGUCAACAAUGAGAACAGGCUCCUGCUUCAACAGACUCCCCUUCCUGAGGCUCCUGGGAAAUACAGCCUAACAGUGAAUAGCAGUGGAUGUGUACUUAUGCAAACAGCACUGAGAUACAACAUUCACCUUCCAGAGGGGGCCUUUGGAUUUUCACUCUCAGUACAGACAUCAAAUGUUUCCUGCCCACUGGAUCGACCAGCAAAAUUUGAUAUUGUCCUCAUAAGCAGUUACACAGGGAAGCGCAGCACCUCCAACAUGGUCAUUAUUGAUGUGAAGAUGCUCUCUGGUUUUGUUCCUGUUAAGUCUUCCCUGGAUAAGCUCAUUGAUGGCCAUAGAGUGAUGCAAGCAGAAAGCAAGAAAAACCAUGUUCUCCUUUACCUGGAAAAUAUCUCACAGAAGAAAAGGAAAGAAAUCACUUUCUCGGUUGAGCAGGACUUUGUAGUGACCCAUCCCAAGCCAGCUCCUGUGCAGAUCUAUGAUUACUAUGAAACAGAGGAGUACGCUGUUGCUCAGUAUACGUCACCUUGCAAAGAGGCUGUUGCAGAAAUGGACUAA